AGUAGCAGGUAACGGGAAUCUUUGUCUCUCUCUUCCCCCUUUACAAAUUUGCCGACUCUUCCCCUAUGCGGACCAGAAAUUCCACCUUAAACCCUAACCCUAACCCCAACUCCAGCGCCAUGGAUCCACUGCAGAUUGAGGAUCCAGACGAAAAGGAACCAGCGGCGACGACGAGCCCUUCUCGCGCGGACGCCGUCGAUCUCUCCGACGACAUCGUAACUCCGGCCGUUCACCUGCCGGAGGCCGGGGGUAAGAGGCCGGGGACCAAUCGGAAGAAGAAGACAGCGAGGAAACUCGCGGCUGAACAGAAGAAGAUGGAGGCGCUGAGGCAGUGCCUGCGGCCGGUGCCCUUCUCCCCUGGCAAGCCCUUUUCCCACUUCGCCAAGCACGAGCGUCUCUUUCGGCGACUUGGCCUCUGGGGUUUCGCCACCCUCGAAUUCGACCGCGACCUCCGGCUGGAUUUCCUCGCGUCUCUUGUCGCCUGCUAUGACCCGAACUCCCGAUCGAGUACCGUCGCUGACGUCCGCAUCAAGGUGAGCCGGGCAGACCUCGCUCGAGCCCUGAGGCUUCCACUCAAGAAGGACCGCAACCCGACCGAAGCCAUUGAGCCCGAGGCCUCUGCCGACGCUGGAGUUCCGGAUGAUCUCUCGGCCGUCAAGGAUUUCAUUAUGAACUGCAUCUUCGUCAAUGCGGAGGAUGCACUGGUGAUUCCCGACGAGAUCACGGGCGCAAUCCGCUUCCUGGACGCUGGCGAGCCCGAGAAGAUCGACUGGGCGGGACUUAUAUGGUCCAUGGCCGAGAAGGAGCUAUCCAGAGGUCCUGCUCUCUCCCACUGCUACUACGCUUCGCAUUUCCAGAUACUGAUCCGCUCACAGCGGCCUGAGCUAUUUGAGAGGGAAGAAGAACCCGUUUCCCAUGCUCCUGCUCCUGAUCCUGUUCCGGCUACGGUUCCCACCGUUACCGAGGCCACAACUGUUGAGGAGGUUGAAGACGAGGUGGCUAAAGUUGACGAUGCAGAUGAGAACGAGGGAGGGGAAGGGGAGGCGAAGACGGGUAGUCAAGAAAGCGAGCUGAAUGAGGUGCUCAAUGAGGAAAAUGAGAUGGUGGCUGAAGCUGGUGAUGAACAACGCGAACAAGGGUCAGUCCGUCCAUGUAGCUCGAACGAGGCAGGUGGAACGAGCAUGGCUCCAGAAAAAUUGGAGGAAGACUUUCGGAAUUUCGAACAGCUGUCCUUACCGGAAAAUAUGCUGUCCAUGGAGGGGAACGUGGGUUUGGCGGUCAUGCCCGUCCCACAGAACAUCGACAUGGAACCGAGCGAACCAGAUGUUAUUUCAAUGGGGCUGGAUAAAAAUUUCCUUCAUUUGAAUUCUUCGGUAUCUGAGUUUGGUAACGGAUGUAAAAGGGAAUUGGAGGAUGCGCACAUUCUUCAGAAUGAGAGCCAGAAGAAGAUGAGGCAUGAUCCUCAGUGGGACAACGAUUUCAAUGUCUGCAUGGAACAGAUUGGCAUGUGGAUCAACAGAGCGAGGGAAAUUCAUAUGGAGAAGCACGAGUCUUUCGUGAAUGCCCACUUGAACAUGCAGGAAUUUACAGCAGAAUUGAGGAAUCGAGAUCAGAUUAUCAGUUCCUUGCAGGCCGCCCAGUACAAGAUGAGCACGGAGCUCACCAGGUUGAGGUUCGAGCUGUAUGCCACGGCCAACUUAGCCCAAGGUUAUAAACAGUUGCUUGAGUCCACUCGGAAGGCGUUUGAUGAAUAUAGGAAGCGAUGCCCGCAGAUGGAUGAACCUCUCUUCAAGGAUGUACCGGCUGGUGGUGGCCUUGUUCUUACCUCUGAUGAACUGACAAAGCGCUUGCUUGAACGCGAGGAAGAAGAUAGAGCUUCUUUUAUGCAAUGGGUUGUGGAGAAAAUAGACAGCUUUGGUGAUGAGUGGAAUGCAAAAUUCAGCAUUUUGCAGAGAGACGUCUACAGGAUGGAUGAUAGGCUAGCAAUCCUUGAAAGCGAGUUCCAGCUUCUUAAGAGCCGGUCUGCAAAAGCUGAUGUUGGAAGUGCCGAUCCUACAAGUAAUUAAUUCAAGUUAUUUUUUUGCUUGUACAGACUUGUGUAGCAAUCAACAAGAAAUAUAUUUAAGCAAGCUAUGCGUAACUUUCAAGGUCUCUUAUCCUCUAUAAUCUAACUAUCUAACUUGGGAAGGAUGCAGUGGAAGAAACAAAAUAGUUGGUUAACGUUUCGUGGCUUUCUGAGUAUCAGACUCCCGCGAAGGAAACAUUUGCUCUGUGUGACAACUUAUUUCCCCAAAUUCUUAGCCUUCUGCGGAACAGGCGCCUUUUGUUUCUAUUUAGGAUUUUUCAAUGCGUCUUGUAGAUUUACAAUGAAUUGUUGGUCAGACAAGUUUGCAUUGCAAACUCCCGUAUAAUAUUAUGUGCGUCAGAAACAUCCUUUUGUAUGUGAACGAAGAACUUGCUAUAUAUCUUCAAAUUUCAGUGGUGGUUUCUUUGUCUCUUGUA